AUGACGGAUCCAGUAUAUCAAAUUCAACAUGCAAAGAGGGUUUUCCCCCUGAACGGCCCCAAACAGAUAGCGACUACGAAAUUGUCUAUCCUCGACGCAUCCGUCGCGCGAUUUGCACCAUGCGGCGCAAUCUGGCUCUACGAUCGAGCAGAAAACGCCGAUUCGCGUGAUCCUACUCUAUUCGAACGGUUGGAGAAAGCGCUUAGGCAGACCCUGGACGACUACCCGCACUUCUCAGGCCAGCUCCAAUGGGCAUCUGAGGAGUUUGUGAAAGGCGAUGCCAACCCUCGGUAUAUCGGCCGGCCAGUGGUUGUGUACGGUAGCUCAGGGGAUCCUGGAGUAGAAUUGACGAUUGUAGAAGACAGCCGAGAGCUCAGCGCUAUAGUACCAAGCCAAGGGGAGCGAUUAACUGCAAAGCAAGUGUGGAAUGCGACAGAUUUCCCUCAGAAUGACCUCCUCGCUAAAACGAAACUUGCGUUUUCAAGCUUGUCGGAGUUUAAGGGUCUGCCAGGCGUUACUAUCCAGUUAACGAGCUUCAAAUGCGGCGGGUUUGCGAUCAGUAUCAAGCUUACGCAUUGCCUCUCCGAUGCUGUGUGUCUUAUGCAAUUCGCCCAUGCCUGGGCAGUGCAGUCGCGAUAUCUGUUUGGGAGUGAUAGAUCCGAUGGGGAAAAGCGUCUUGCACCGUUAUUCGAACCCUCGCAGCUAGACCAGCGCGCCCAUCUUACCCCCACAGGACCAGACCCAGAGAAAGUCAAAAUAGCGAGAGCCCUACCCAUGCAUCGAUACGAUUGGUGGGCCAAAGAUGCACCGGGCUAUCCUCCUUGGGCUGAAGCGUCUACACUCGGUACGAGGCCAUCACCGGAGGAACUGGCUCGCUCAGAGCUAAGCCCCUCCUCCUUUCCACCUUGGCCAACGUGGGACUUGGCUGCUCCUGUAGAGCAUGUGCAAAUACGCUUCAAGGCGGAAACCAUUAUCGCGAUGAAGAAGGCCGCUGAGAGUAGUCUUCCAGACUCCCUAAGAGGGCACCGCAUCUCACGACUUGAUGCUGCUCUAGCGCACAUCUGGAUUCUUAUCAAUCGUGCAAGACAGCUUGAGAGGUCUCAAGAUCAGGUAUAUAUUGAUAUUACCCUUGGGGUUCGCAAUCGGGUCGAUCCACCAUUGCCAAAUACCUUUUCUGGUUCUCCGAUCUUGUUGGGUUAUGUUGCUAAACCUGGCUCCGAAGUGAGCACUACAACGAUCGGUUCAAUUGCCGGCUCAAUUAGACAGAUGAUGUCCCUAUUCACUCCAGAUGCUGUAUCUGCAUAUAUCCAUGACGCAGCUUAUGAGGUUAGCCCACAGCGCCUAUGGCAAGCCUUCCUUGGCUCCAAGCAUACACUCGUUACUUCAUGGGUACGAGCACGGGCAUACGAGGUUGACUUCUGCGCGACGCAUAAACUAGCUCGGUACGUGCAUGGUGUGAUGCCGCGAAUAGAUGGGCUCGUCCAGGUCAUGGACAUUGCGGAUACGGGAGAUUUUGAUAUCAGCGUAUGUUUAGAGAAGGAAACUAUGCAGCGGUUUCUCCAGGACUCUAUGUUGAAAGCGUAUGGAUUUUGA